AUGGAUACUGAAAUAGACGAUGAGAAUAUAAUUAUUAAUAUAUUUCCAAAUUAUGAAAAAGCAGUCAAAGAACUUCUUACAGACCUUGAAACUGAGACAUUUUUUAUUGACAUGCAUCUCGUCAUAAGAAAGUUUCUACAAACUACCAAUUCACACAAAUCCGAAAUGAUCGAAUAUCUCUCAACUUGCCAACACCCUCAAAAUCAAGUAAUUUUGGGUGCAUUAUAUUUAGAGGGAGGCGAAAAAGAAAAAUCCUUACAAAUAUUCAAAAAAGCAGCAGAGCUAAACGAUCCAUUUGCACAACACAUGCUUGGAGAUUAUUAUUCCAGCAAAUCGUACAACCCAGACGCAGCAUUUUAUUGGAGACAAAGAGCAGCAAGUCAACGUUUUCCACCGUCUUAUUUUACUUUAGCACGUCAUUAUCGUUAUGGUAAGGGAGUAAAAAUGAAUAAAGUAAAUUCUUUCCAAUUAAGCUUAAAGGCGAUUGAUGGUGGAUAUCUUGGUGCUUCGAUGGAUCUUGCUCUCGCGCAUCUUUAUGGUGUUGGCACAAUACGAGAUAUGCAUAAGGCUAUUUACUACCUCUUGAGAAUGAGUAAUAUAAAUAAUUUCACCUAUGGCAUUAUUGAGAAUAUAUUUACUCAAACAGAUCUUGAUAUCAUAUUUUUGUUGCAAUAUUAG